GCCUUUGCCACUCCCCUUCACUAGCGGUGAAAAGCCAUCGAUUUUUCUCGUAUUUCAUUACCUGUGUUAUUUCUGUGCAGUGUGCAGCGGUCGCGAGGUGUGUGUGUGUUACCUGGCAAACCGAUUUUCUUUUAAAAAAAAAAACGGUCCCGAUGCGUUGUUGUACAAUAGAAUGCUUGUGGUUUUGUUUUUUUUAAAUUUCAUUAACGGAUUCAAAAUUAAAAUUGCAUCAGAAAAAAAAUUCCAUAACAUUUUCAAUUUGCCUGCGUCUCUUUCAUAUUUAUUUGACCUCUCCUUAUGUAUUUUAUGACCAUAGAAACAAGAUUUCGUAAUAAGCAGAAUGUACUUUAGGCAUUACGAUGAUAACGAGGGAUAUCCGGCGUGCAGCAUGUGACGGGUUUUGACGCCUCAGUUAAACAUUUUGUCACACGUAAGCAUGACGUCUAAAUUGAACCAGUCUAUAGAACUGACCACGGGUAAGGUUGCUAGCCUGGUCAGACAGUGUGAGGCCAGUAUACAACGGUCACUAGGUCCCACCGACACCUUAGAACGUCCUCUCAGGAAAAGCACGAACAAAAAAUACAGCACGACCUCAAAUGACACAUCACAGAGGUCAGCAACGCACAGUAGGCGGAUCCACAUUCGUGCGGCGCGGCGGAAAAAGGAUCGCUGCUUCCAUUACCUGGCGGGUGUCCUUCACUGUUAUAAUGUCUUUCUGUUGGUGCUGGGGUCCGGAGUCAUGGGUUCGGGAAUAUGGUUGCUGGUGAAGGAUUAUAACGCCCGGGAGCUGUCCAUCCUCUUCAACAAUUUGCACUUGGAGUACAUGGCCUACUUCGUGACUUGUGGGGGCGGGGCCGUGUUUGUGUUAGCCUUCUGCGGGUGUUGUGGCACCAUGAAAAAAGAAAAGUUUGUUCUUGGAUUUUACGGUGGAGUCCUGACGCUGGUGUUGCUGGUGUUGGUCGGGGGCAGUGUUAUGGGUUUCCUGUUAAAAGGAAAACUUGAAGAAGAUAUUAAAGAGCAUUUUGAAGACACACUGAAGUUUCAGUACGGCAUGGAUAUAAACAAAAAUUCCCAGAAUAACCUGAUUACAGAUGCAUGGGAUGCUAUGCAAAGAACGCUCAAAUGUUGUGGUCCAUUCGGUGGCAAAGACUCCACGACGUCCUGGAUGUUUUACAGGAACACAAAAUGGGUAUUGAAGAGACCCUCUGGGAGAUCUUACCCAUAUGUUCCCAAGAGUUGCUGUGUGUCGGGGAUGAAUACCUAUGACUGUCAGGGAAUGGGAAAUGAAUUUAACGGGGCACCUGUCGUAAUAUCCGAGAGAGGCACAGUAGACAAUCCUAACUUGUAUAAGGAGGGUUGUUAUGACAAAGCAGUGGACUACAUAAAAAAUCACUCCCUGUACAUAACGAUAGGAUGUGCUACGGUGCCGAUACUUCUGUCCGUGGGGAUUGUUGUCUCCUGUUACAUGUGCUGUACCGUUAAAAACGAUGAUGAAGAAGACGAAGAAGACGAGGAAAACGAAGCACAUGUCUGAUGACGUCAUAUGUAUUGAACCAUUCCGUCCGGGGUCGUGACCUCUUUUUACAGUCUUCCAAGGUCAAGGACAAAGUGCCUAUUCGUCAGUUUCAUUGUGAAGAAAUCGAUAUCAAUGUUUUAGUACAAUGGAACAAUCAGUAAUGACUACACAUGCUGAGUGAUAAUUUGAUGCUUGAAAUAAUGAUGGGAUAAUGAUGGCUGCGGUCAUCUUCCGCCUGUCCUCUUGGGGAUGUAAAUGUGUUCACAAAUUUGUGAAAUCCAUUUGUGUUUAACAGUUGUUAAGAGACAUUCCAUUGGACAGCAAGUCUGAGGAACAGCGGCUGUCGCCAGAGAGCAUUUGGUGGUCUGCAAUUCGCUUGUAUUUUAAUGAUCUGGAUUAAGGCUCGCGUGCUUUGAUGCAUUUAUCGUUUGGGUUAUGCCAAAGAAUAUAAAAUAUCUCAGACAAACUAUAAGUCGAAAUAGCUCGCAGGGAGCUGGAUAGAACUGUCGCAUUUAACUGAAACCAACACGUACUGUAGAGGCUCUUAGUAUGUAGAGUACUACUGCUUGUGAAUCAGCAUUUAGUCUUACUCAGUAGACAGUCUAGUUCGUCAUGUUGCCACCAUCGGGUGAUCACGUGAUCAGUCCCUGUAUGUAUAAUUCACAGUGCCAUUGUGGAGUCAGCAGAAGUUUGGUUGAAGCGUGCUCGUUAUGUUUCUAGAUGUAGAAGAGUAGAUUAUUAUAAAUGUUCCAGUUGAUUGUGAUUUGUUACUGAAUGGGAGAGAAAGAAUCCUCCUUGAAGGAAUUUUUUCAGGUGCGAGCGGAGUCGGGUGUAUUCGUCCUCUAAGAGUUAAGGCGAUUCUUAUUCCGUGCCUUUUGUUGAUGUUUUGUCCCUAACGUUACCAUUUUAAAUUAUGUUGGCCUGGAUUUAAGAUUUUAAAGUGUGUUGCUGUUUUUUAAGAUUGUGAAUUGAAAAUCCUGAUUGUCAGACUUCUAGUAUGAAGGCAUGCAUUUUUGGUUUGAUUGAAUUUUUAUUUUCAGUGAAUGCAAAGGAGUUUCAAAAGAAAUGAACAUUAUGGUUUUGAUAUUUAUUUUGUAAAGUGCGCAAGUUGUAAACACAGCUUUUAAAAAGUGUCAUUUUUAGGGACCAGUUUUGGGGACCAAGUGUGAAAUUGUUUACAAAUUUAAAAAUCAGUGCAAUUUUGGUAGUUUUAGCUGCGCAUAAAUAUUAUAUAUAUGUGACUUUAUUAUGAAAGUUCAGUAUUCUUUUGUCUAUUUUACUUUUUGUUUUAUGAAAAAACUGUAUGUAUUUUAUGAUAAUAAAAAGUUCCAAAAUACCAUA